AACUUGAGCAAAAUAAUGGAUUUGGAAAGUGAAAGAAUCCUUAAACUAAUAUUUCCAGAUGGUGUGCCUGAAAAUCUUGCCGACAAUCCGGAACUUUUCAAUUAUCUCAACAAAUUGGGUUCUUACAAAGUCGAUCAAUUGAAGAAGGAACAAUCCCGACUUGCCGACGAAACUAAACACAUUGUGGAACAGACCCAAGAUUUGGCAAUAUCAAAUUAUAAGACAUUUAUUAAGACAGCAGAAAAUUCUCGUUCUAUUUACAAAGAAUUCCAGAAGGCUGAAUCACAAGUGGGUACCGUGGUGGAAAAGUUACCAGAGCUUAGUGAGAAAUGUGAAACAUUCCUUGAACGAUCGGUUGAGAUCAACGAACAAAGACGUCUGAAUUCUAUCACACUCAAAAAGAAUGCACAACUUUUGGAAAUAUUGGAAUUGCCUCAGCUUAUGGAACGUUGUAUACGUGAGGGUCGAUAUGAAGAAGCUCUUGAGCUGGCUGCAUAUGUACAGAAAAUGGGUGAAAACCAGGGGCAUAUCUUAGUUGUAAAGAGUAUCGUCCAAUCUGUGGAAUCGUUGUGGCACACAAUGCUGGUCCAAUUGGUUGCACAACUUCGUACUGAUUUACAAUUGCCGAAAUGUUUACAAAUUGUUGGCUACUUGCGACGCAUGCAAGCCUUCGGUACCAAUGAAUUAAAAUUGAAAUUCCUACAAGCAAGAGAUUCUUGGCUAACGGCAUCGUUGAAGGCAAUACCAAUAGAUGAUGCUCAACAACAUCUAACUAAAACUAUUGAAGUUACCCGGGUAAAUCUAUUCAACAUUAUUACACAAUACAAGGCUAUCUUCCCUGAUGAAGACAACAGUAUGGCCAUACCACAAAACGACAAACCUCUACAGGGUGUAAGUUGUGAUGGAGAACGUCUCUUCCAAAGUUGGUUACAUGAGAAAAUCUCCGACUUUUUGAAAACAUUGGAACUGGAUUUACAACGUGGUAUAACCUCCUUCGACACUGUGUUGGGUCAAUGCAUGUAUUUUGGUUUAUCAUUUAGUCGAGUUGGUGCUGAUUUUCGUGCUCUGAUGGCUCCAAUUUUUGUACGUGUUAUCAAGGAGAAAUUCUUCAAUGCAAUCGGCAAUGUUAAUGAACAAUUCGAAAGAGAAUUGGAAAAAUACACCCUCAUUAAUAAAAUAACUGUACACACUAGUCGACAACCAUCGACAGCUGCGAAAAAUGACACUAACGAUAUUGAAUCAUAUUCACCACCUGAAACUUUAUUAGAUUUCCAUCCAUUAGCUGCAUUGUGUAAUGGCUAUUUAAAUGCUCUUAAUGAUUUGAGGUUAUGUGCACCGACAGCACUGGCAAAUGAUGUUACUCUGUCGUUACAACAAUCACUGGAGUUGGUGGCUAAACGCAUCUUAGCUUUCUAUCGCCAGGAACAACAAGCAUUUACCGCAAGUGAACGAGAAACAUUUUCAAAGUUAUGUUAUUGUUUUGCCCAUGAAAUGAUACCCUAUUUGCAACGUUGUAUCCACGCCAUAUUUCCACCAACGGCAUUAUGUGGUCAUUUGGGUGUAAAUUUAAAUACUUUGGAGAAUAUGAAAAUUACUUAUUUACAGCAAAAAGAAAUUUUGGAACCAUUGAAACAUUUGGUGCCAAAUAAAAUUGAAGUUAUUGCAAAAUCAGAAAGUACAACGCCCAAGUUGGAAGAAACGAAUGUUGCUGUUACAGCAGAAGGAUAA